CUCAUGAAGUAGGCAAGUGUGUUAUAAACAUGAAAAGCCUCUAUGUUUUGUGUAGCCUGAUUUUUUUUCUAGCAUGUUUGUUAACAAAAAGUAAGGCAAAUGGAACAGAAGAAAGUAAUGGUGUUUAUAUUGUUUAUAUGGGUAGUGCUUCUGCCUCAAGGAACAACCAUAAUCUGCUUCUUAACUCUUUAGUAACAAGGAAAAGGAGUGCAGUUGUGCAUAACUACCAAAACAGCUUCUUAGGAUUUGCUGCUCAUUUAACGCAAAAAGAGGCAAACGAAAUAGCACGAAAACCAGGGGUUGUAUCUGUCUUCCCGGAUCCAGUCUUGCAGCUUCACACAACACGUUCGUGGGAUUUCUUAAAAUACCAAACUUUAGUAGAGCCUCAGUACUUUAGAUCAAGAUACAACAUUUCCAGUUUUAAUGAAGCUUCAGAUGUUAUCAUAGGUGUUUUGGACACAGGAGUUUGGCCGGAGUCUGAGAGUUUCCAUGAUGAUGGUUUUGGUCCUAUUCCAUCAAAAUGGAAAGGAACCUGCAUGGAGAGCGACGAUUUCAAAAGUACGAGUUGUAACAGGAAAAUAAUAGGAGCACGAUAUUACAAAGCUGGAGGUGAUUUCAACUCCCCAAGGGAUAGGAAUGGCCAUGGGACUCAUGUUGCUUCAACAGCUGCUGGUAACGAAGUAUCUAAUGCAUCUUAUUAUGGUCUAGCAAUGGGCUCUGCAAAAGGCGGUUUUCCUGGUUCAAGGAUCGCAUCGUAUAGGGUUUGUGGAGGUAGAGGCUGUUUUGGAUCGAGUAUAUUGGCUGCAUUUGAUGAUGCUAUAGAAGAUGGCGUGGAUGUAUUAUCACUAUCUCUUGGUUCAAGACCGGGUUAUGGACCAAAUUUUCAGAGAGAUCCUAUAGCAAUUGGAUCCUUUCAUGCAGUCGAGAAAGGGGUUACUGUCGUUUGUUCUGCAGGGAAUGAUGGACCGAGUAGGGAAUCGGUUGUUAAUGUUGCUCCUUGGGUCAUAACGGUUGCAGCUAGUUCAAUAGACCGGGAUUUUCAGGCUGAUAUAGUAUUAGGUGACAAAACAGUGAUCAAGGGCGGAGGCAUCAACUUCGGUGAAUUACAAAGAUCUCCAAUAUACCCAUUGCUAUAUGGAAAUGCAGCCAAAAGAAACUCUAGUACCUAUGACGAAAUUGAUGCAAAAAACUGCAUACCACGUGCGUUAGAUCGAGAGAAAGUUAAAGGCAACAUUGUUCUUUGUGAGAAUGAAGAGGGGUUAUACUCAGCAAAACAAAAGCUAGCAGGCGUUAUGAAUCUUGGUGCAAUCGGGAUGGUAUUUAUUAGUGAUGAAGCAAGAGCAGUGGCUUCCUCUGCUGGAUCGUUUCCCUUGGCUGCAGUUAGUCGAAAUGAUGGGAAAAAGCUUAUAUCUUAUGCCAGCACCGCAAGGAAACCAACGGCAACUAUCUUACCAACUGUAUCAGUGACACAAUAUAAGCCAGCGCCUGUAGUGGCCUACUUCUCUGCUAGGGGUCCUUCAUUUGCUACACCAGAUGUUCUCAAGCCUGAUGUUGCAGCACCAGGUGUGGCCAUUCUUGCUUCAUGGCCUGACAAGGACUCGGUAGUAAAACUAGCAGGCAAAAAAUCUCCACUUUUCUACAUACUUUCAGGAACUUCCAUGGCCUGCCCACAUGUUUCUGGCCUCGCUGCCAUGAUCAAAUCUCAGAACCCAGAUUGGAGCCCGGCAGCUAUCAGAUCAGCACUCAUGACAACAGCAAGUCAAACAAACAAUAUCAAGAAGCCAAUAACAACAAACUCUGGUUCAAUCGCUACACCAUAUGAUUUCGGUGCAGGGGAAGUUACAUCGGAUCCAUUGCAACCAGGCCUUGUUUAUGAAACCGAAAUUAUUGAGUAUCUACAUUAUUUAUGUAACGUUGGCUACAAUGUUGAUACAAUUAAAAGAAUCUCAUCUACCGUUCCUUCAGAUUUUACCUGCCCCAGUAACUCUAACAAGAAUCUAAUUUCCAAUAUGAACUAUCCAUCAAUCGCAAUUUCCAAAUUUAAUGGGAAAGAGAGAAAAGUAAGCAGAAAAGUUACUAAUGUUGAUAAUGAAGAUACAACCUAUACUGCAUCAGUGGAAGCCCCAAAUGGGCUCGAGGUCAAAGUAGUACCGCAUAAGUUGAAAUUCACAGAAAGUGAGAAUGAAAUAACUUACCAAGUGAUCUUCAAGUCCGAUAGUAAAUUGAGUGGAGAUAAUUUUGGGGCAAUUACUUGGUCGAAUGGCAAGUAUAGAGUGCGUAGUCCAUUUGUUGUUAGCAGCAAGUAGACGUAGAAUACACUUCUGCAGAAGUUAUUGACUUCAUGUAGAAAUGAUUAUAACCAAACGACUUCUAUGUGAACGAGCUGUCACUAUAAUAAACUGACUUCCUUGUAUUGGUUAACGGCAAUACAAUUGAUCGUUUUGAAAAA